AUGGCUAAGUUGGAGGAAUAUUCUACUACCCGCAAGUCAAUAAUUAUGGCAACACUAUGCUUUGUAUAUACAUUAUGGGGAAUUAUUUACAGCCUGCCUGUGCCAUUUUUCCCUCGUGAGGCCGUCGCUAGUGGUUUAACCUUGGCGGAAAUUGGAAUAAUCUUUACUAUGUACCCUGUUGCGUUAUUUGUUUUCUCGCCAGUCUGCUCUAUGCUGAGGAUAAACUUCCAUGUUAUCAUAUUCUUAACAAAUUCGAGAAUUAUUACUACAAACAGCAUGGAUAAAAUUUGCUAUCAAUCAACUCUAAUCCAAACUCUUUUAACAGUUACCGCGGAUCGGGUCAAAAUAUAUGAUGUGGGCAGAACCUUGAAAUUCAUGCAUAACAGAAUGCAUUUUCUGGUUAUGGCAUUAAUUAUUCGAUUUGUGCAAGGUAUCGGGGCAGCUAUUCAGGGAAUUGCUGUCGAAUCUGCGAUUAUCGUAUUAUACCGUGAUCGUAUAGCCUCCGCAAAGGGUUUGAUGGAGAGUUUUGGAGGUCUAGGAUACGCUAUUGGGCCUAUAAUAGGCGCAGGCUUUUAUGCUCUCGGUGGAUAUUCCUUGCCCUUCUUUGUCGUUGGUUCUACUAUCGUUGUUCUUGGUCCUGUUGCAGCAUUUGUUGUUCCAAUGAUAUUAGAUAAACAAGCAACGCCUUGGAAAUCUAUGCUAAAACUAAUUAAGAACUUUUAUAUUUUUAUAUUAUGUUUUGGAGUGUUUGUUCAAGAAUCAUCGUUGACCUUUGUAGAGACCAAUUAUUCUAUUCAUUUGGUAUCAUUCCAUUUGAAAGUGGUGAAAGCUGCUGCUCUUAUGCUAAUAUUAGCAGUGUGCUAUGCAACAAUGGGAAUAAUCAUUGGUCUAGUAUCUGAUCGUUUGGGCUACAGAAAAUUUCUAGGAGCUGGAUAUUUUAUAGCAGUGAUAGGAUUGGAAUUUAUGGGUUCAUUCCCUUAUUUUCAUGUCAGACCGAAAUUAUGGCAUUUUCUUCUUGGCAUGUCCGCUUUUGGAAUUAGCACCGGUGGAGUCAUGAUACCUACCACCGCCGAAAUGGUUCGGUAUGCAAGGGAGAACAAUGUUGGAGAUGACCUUAGCGUCUAUACCUGCGUUACAGGUUUAUUCAAAAUGGCACAAUCGUUAGGCAUGAUUUGUGGCCCUGCCGUUGGUUCAACUUUAACUUCUUUACCUCAACUAAAAUUUCCAUGGACUAGCACGAUAUUUGGUGUUGUUACUUUUUUUCAAUUUUUAAUAUUUGCUGCAUUUGUCCUCUAUGAAACCUUUUGUGCAAAGAAAUCUGAUAGUAAUGAUGGUAAGGGUAACUACAGCCAAAUUUCGGCAACUGAUGAAGAAGAUGAUGGAAAUAAAGAAUUCAAAUCUGUAGUGGCUAAUGAAUCAGAAGACGAAAAUAUCGACAAUAAAUCAGAAAAGUAG